ACAGAAGCGCCAUCGCACUAAACCCAAGCCUUGGCGACCCUAAUUCAUGACCCCUGGACGAGGACCUUUGUGUCCUGAGAUGCCUGUGAAAGGUGCCCUAUCCAAGGCAGUGUUCAACCAGCCAUGGAGCAGCAGUCCUGGAUACUGAGGGACCUCCUGGUACAGCUGAAGAGACAGGAGGCUGUGGACGAGCAGGCGCCUAAUGGCAUUGCCGGGGAGUUUGCGAGGUUGAAAAGCCAGUCGAUUAAGUACCGAACUGACAAGACCUACCCCACCAAGACAGCAGAAAAGCAAGAGAACAACAAGAAGAACAGAUACAAAGACAUUGUUCCAUUUGACCACACCAGAGUAAAGCUCACUCUCACCACAGCUAAAAAUGACAGUGAAUAUGUCAACGCCAGUUUCAUCAAGGGAGUGUCAGGCUCUAGGGCCUACAUCGCUACACAGGGUCCUCUGCCUCACACAGUCCUGGACUUCUUGAGGAUGCUUUGGGAGUACGAAGUCAAGGUUGUGAUUAUGGCCUGUCGAGAAUUUGAGAUGGGAAAGAAAAAGUGUGAGCGCUACUGGCCACAGAGUCAAGAGCAGCCAUUUGUUUGUGAGCCUUUCACAGUUUACUGUGAUUCUGAGGAAAACAAAGGAGAUUACCUGACAAGGAUGUUACGGGUGAAUUAUCACAACUGUAGCCGCACUUUGAAACAGCUGCACUAUUUCAACUGGCCAGAUCAUGGUGUACCAAACUCCAUCCCUCCCAUUCUGGACAUGUUGCAUGAGAUGCGUUCCUAUCAAGCCCAUGAUGAUGUCCCCUUUUGCAUCCACUGCAGUGCUGGCUGUGGUAGAACAGGAGUCCUGUGUGCCAUUGAUUAUACCUGGAACCUCCUGAAUACACAGAUGAUCACUCCAGAUUUCAAUAUCUAUGACCUGGUUCAAAACAUGAGAACCCAGAGGCCCUCAGUGGUUCAAACCAAGGAACAAUAUGAGCUGGUGUACAGAACCAUCAAGUUGCUGUUUGAAAGAUAUUUGCAGGCCAUGGAUUCACGGACCUGCAGAAAUGAGGUGACGACGGUCCCGUCUGCUAUCACGACUGCACUCUCUGACCUGAGUGCGGAGUUGGAUUUGCUGCCACAGUUCCUGCACCUUCUUGAUGAAGAGAAGGAUGUUUUGCAACAGUGCCACACUCCCUUGCCUUCUGCUUCAGAAAAUCACAUUGCCUUGAGAGCCAAGGAAUUGCCCAGGGACCAGGAACAAUGGCACCUAUUCCGAACGCUCCCCGAGGCUUUGACCACCACCCGGGACCCGCAGGAGGGACCCAAGACCUCCCUCACACAUGUGCAUACCAGCCAGAGAGCCCCUGCAGUAGAGGAGAAGAUAAAGGAAAGCGACGACACAGCAUCUCGGAAUCCACCAUCACCGGCUGUGGCAGCAGCCAUUUGUCUGAUGGUGGAAGACCCGUACUUUGACACACCUAUGAGCUCCCCUUCAUCAGAAGAAGCACCAAUGGACUUGACUGAAGGCACCAAACAAUGGACAGCUAGUCCCAUCUUCACCACGCCCUCACUAUGUCUGAAUGACCAGACUCUGGAGCUUAACUCUCUUGCCUCAGGUACUGUUGCAUUUCAUAGAGAUGAGGAGGUACCUCCUCCCUUACCGCAACGAACCCCUGAAUCUUAUCUCAUAACUGUGGCAGCAGAGUUCCCAGAUCCCUGUGAAAGGUUAAUGGUUAUCAUUCCAUCCAAUGCUGCUGCUGAAGCUGUGAGGGAGUUGGGAAGCGGCCCACCCUCACCUGUCCCCCCACUUCCUGAGAGAACCCCAGAAUCUUUUGAGUUGGCCAUUGAUCAAGCUCCUGUAAAGCUGAGGUCAGAGGUCAAACCGGCAGUGAUGCUCAAACGAAUAGGAGUGUCUUCCGAGUGGUCUGGUGACUCAAAGCCAGCUGCCACUGCAUCUCAGAGGGAGACACAGCCAUGGGCGAGGAGUAAGAGUCUGAAAACAAAAAUGACCUUCACAGUUCCAGUAACACAUGCUGAUCUUGCAUCAAACACAACGUCAAACCUCCGCCCUCACUCUCCACUUGUGGAGCCACUGACUCCUCUGCUGCUUCCUCAAACUGAGGAGAGCCUGACUCCUCCCCUUCCUGACAGAACCCCCGAGUCCUUCAUCCUCACCACAGAAGAGACUCACAAGAAAACCGCCCUCUGCCCGCAGCCUUUAGAAACAACACGGCCCUCCCCGAGCGUCGGCUUGUCCUCUGAGUGGGACGGCACCGCUCAGCCCAAGAAAUUCCUCGACGUUGUUAUGAACAGGAGUAAGAGUGUUCGAGCUAAAGGUUCCAGACAAGUUUAUGAUUGUGUUUUUACUGCAGAGCCCCUUACAGCGGUUCGGCAGCUCGCUCCACCUCCUGUGGUCGUGGCUGGAGCAGGAAGUGCACAAGUGGGGCAGCACGAUCUGAGCCGCAGACCCUCCCUGAACAGCGAGACGUCAGCAAACAACUCAGACAAGAGCAAUGAGAAGGGCCUGUCUCGAACAAGGAGUCUGAAGUUUUUUAGAAACAAACUAAAAUCUAAAACCGACCCUCCACCAUCUCCCACUCAACCUGGAACGCCACCUCAGUCACAUGGUGCCUCAUCUUCACUGUUCAAAUUUGGAUUUGGGAGCCGUUUUGGAAAGCCAAAAGGCCCCAGGAGUUAUCCGGAGAACUGGAUUUGAUAUUUCGAGUCAUUCAUCUCUAAAUAUCAAAACUGGAACUGUUCUUGUAAUGAGGAUCAUCGUAAUACAUCGCACCGCUAAAGGACUUGUAUGCAGGGGACCUGAAAAGCACUGAAGGAAGCUUCUCUUCGUCUCUCACAGCACAGCAGCAGCAGAGAACAGGAAGUUCCUCGUUACCAGCUCUGAUGCACUUUUUACCGGAUAUCGACUCAGGUUGAUUUGUAAUCAAUGAACAACAUUGACAGCAACUUUGACCAAUGACUUCAAUGUGACUCAAUUCAUCUUGAGGAGGUGGGCAGUCUGCAGUGAGAAGUUUGAAACUUCUCGUUUUAAUGCUUAAAGCAACGCUGUUAAACUAAAUUUAUAUUUAGUUAUGUGUGUGCCUUCGUGCUUUUGGCAUGAAAUGUGAAAACUAAACAUGUGUUGCCACUUUUUCUAUUAUAAAGACAAUACAAACUAAACGUCGUUCAGUGGAUCCUUUAGUUUAGUUUGUCUGCCAUGAUUUACACAUCCAUCUGUAGUUCUGAAAUGAGUUUUAAAGCAUCGUCAACAUGCUAAAAGGUACAGUGACUAUGAUGUGUACUGAUUAUGUAUAUGAUGCAACUGUACAGUUUAACCGUUUUAUAUACACUGGUUGCACACAAAACUAUUUAUUAAAAAUAUACAAAUUCAA